CAAGUAAAACCACAGUUAAACUUAAUGAGUCAAGUCAAAUCACCAUUGAUCUCUGUGAACAAGGUCAAGUCACAGUUGAUCUUUAUGAUCCCAGUCAAAUCACUACCAUUCUUCCAGAACUUCAUCACAUCUCAGUAGAUCUUCCAGAGCUUUGUCAUACCACAACAGAUCAUCCAGAGUCUUGUCACAUCUCAGCUGAACUGCCAGAGCCUCAUCACAUCCUGUCUGUUGUACCCAGCAAUGUUCUCUCAGCCUGUUGUAUUGCUGUAAAGGAGACUGUUACUGCCGCAGAACCUUCGGAGGCGUCAGUAGUAUCAUUCCAUGAACUUUCGUUGUGUCUUGUCACAGCUAUGGAGGCCGCCUAUGAACUCACCGCCUGCCGUCAUGGCCAUGGAGACCAUCUACCAUCUCAUCAUGGUCACGGAGGACGCCUGUUCACCUGUUCAUGUUCUCUGUUUCAGUCCUACCUGAUGAAACUUUCUAUCCUGUGCCAUCGACUCCACUGUGGUGGUCCUCUGAUCCGCCCUGUUGUGCUUCUGUCUCAUCUGCUCGGCUGUGGUGGUCCUCUGCUCCGCCCUGUUGGGCUUCUGUCCCGUCUGCUUGGCUGUAGUGGUCCUCUGCACCGCCCUGGUGGGCUUCUGUCCCAUCUCCUUGGCUGUGGUGGGCGUCUGCUCCACCCUGGUGGGCUUCUGUCCCGUCUGCUCAACUGUGGUGGUCAUCUGCUCCGCCUUGGUGGGCUCCAGUUCCACCUGCUCCACCCUGGUUUCCUGAUCUGCUGGCUUCGCCCUGGCCCCCUGAACUGUCUGAUCCACCCUGGCUACCUGCUAAGCCAUCACUCCCUGUCCCUGUUCCCCUCCAUGAACCUAGCCCCCCCAUCCCUCCCCCUGAUCCUCCACCAUUCCACCCCCCCUCCCCUUCCUGGUCUCUUUGUUUUGUUUUUGUUGUUCUUUCAGAGGAGCAUCUGGAAGCUGCUCCUUGGGUGGUGGGGGUAG